UAAACCCACGUGCCGGAAGUUGCUCUCUGUCUGCUCGACGUUGUGGAAAAAAUACAGAAAAUCGUUGAAAUGAUCCAAGGAAUCGGUUGCAAGCUCAUACGUUCAUGAUGUCAACUUCCCUAAAAACAAACUUUGCGGUUCAAGCAAAACACGAGGCGUUUUUCACAGGUGGACGUGUACAGAUAGCACAAGAUGGAAGCACUUUAUUCUGUAGAUGUGGUAACAAAGUUCAGGCGUUAGAGAUCUCCUCAGGAAAUGUUGUCGGCUCAUUUGGUCAGGCUCAAGAUGAAGAAAUUACUCAGUUUGUUUUAAGUCCAGAUGAUGAGGUACUUAUUCUUGCCACACAAAACUUGCUUCUCAGACAGUGGGACUGGAAGCACAACAUACUGACUCGCACGUGGAAAGCCAUUCACAUGGGUCCAGUAAGUUGCAUGACAUUUGAUGGAACGACAACUUUACUGGUUACUGGCAGCAGUGACUCUACCAUCAAAGUGUGGGACAUUGUAAGGAAGUACUGUACACACAAUCUCAGGGGACACACUGGAGUUAUAAGGGUUGUGAGAUUCCAUCCAGAUGGGGAAAGACUAGAGCUGUAUUCUGGUGGAGAAGAUAACAAAAUCCGAGUGUGGGACCUGUCUUCAAGCACAUGUUCUCAUGUACUAGACACACAUUACAGCGUCAUCACCAGUUUGACCUUUGGUAACCAUGGUGAUAUAUUGCUCAGUUCUGGUAGGGACAGUCUUAUAGCGUUGUGGUGUACAAACUCAUACAAGCUGGUCAAAUCCAUCCCAGUCUUUGAGACUGUGGAAUCAAUGUUUUUACUGCCAGAAGCUAAAAUUCUACCAGCUGUGGGAAAGUCUGUUCCUGGUGUCUUUGCCGUAACUGCUGGCAGUAAAGGUUUGUUACGUGUGUGGGACAUUGAGAAAUCCAAAUGUGUUUAUAGCCAAGAUGAGGCCAUUCCUAACACCAAAGCUGAAGAGUCUGACCAAGAGCAGAUAAUCACUCAAACUGUGUACAGUGAAUCCUCUGCUACCAUCACUGUAGUGACGUAUGACCACAACAUUCUGCAGUUCAGGGAAGAAGACUUCAGCCUUAGCAAACAGUUUGCAGGUUAUAAUGAUGAAAUCCUGGAUGUACAAUUUCUGGGCUCAGCUGACACUCACCUGGCUGUGGUCACUAACAGUAAUCAAGUCAAAGUGUUCGAGAUGUCCACUUGGACAUGUCAGAUUCUUCACGGUCACACAGAUAUAGUCCUCUGUCUGCAAGUGGAUAAAUCCUCCAAUGUUUUUGUCACCAGCUCCAAGGAUAACACAAUAAGGUUAUGGAAAUUAGACAGUGCAAGUAGUCAUGUGACCUGUGUUGCUGUGGGUUACGGACACACACAUGCUGUGGGAGCUGUAACUUUUUCCAAAUUUGGGGCUGGCUUUAUCGUUAGUGGUAGUCAGGACUGCACAUUGAAGUUGUGGUCUGUGCCGGAUACUCUGGAGGGUCAAGCAGUGACCAGUCUUUAUCCCCGACUCACAGAGAAAGCUCAUGACAAGGACAUUAACUCUGUUGUUGUCGCUCCUAACGGUAAACUGAUAGCAUCUGGAUCUCAAGACCGCACAGUCAAGUUGUGGGAGGCCGACACUCUAAGCCUGCUGGGUGUCAUGAGGGGUCACAAGCGCGGGGUGUGGUGUGUUCAGUUCUCACCCGUUGACCAGUGCUUGGCAUCCACAUCUGGUGAUGGAACCAUCAAAAUUUGGGCACUGUCUGACUUUUCCUGUGUAAAGACUUUCGAAGGCCAUGACAGCUCAGUACUGAGUUACUUUUUGUCUCGUGGAAUGCAGCUAUUGUCAAGUGGUUCAGAUGGACUGGUGAAACUAUGGACGAUAAAAAAUAAUGAGUGUGUGAAAACAUUUGAUGAACAUGAAGAUAAGGUGUGGGCUCUGGCAUUGUCAAAAACUGAGACUGUGGCGGUGACCGGAGGAGCAGACUCCACCAUUAUUGUUUGGAAGGAUGUUACGCAGUCAGAAUUGGAAGAUAGGAAGAAAUCCCAAGAAGAAUUCAUGAAGAAAGAGCAAAAGUUGUGUAAUCUUGUCCAUAACAAGAAGUUUGUGAAGGCUGUCAGACUAGCUAUAGUACUUGAUCAACCAUUCAGACUUCUCAAUGUCCUCAAGGCCAUUUUGGAAACUGCCGAUGGACAGCAGGAGUUAGAAUCAACUUUGUCGAAGUUGAGAGCUGAUCAAGUGGACACAGUGCUGCGGUUUCUCUCCAAGUGGAACACAAACAGUCGUCAUUGUCACAUAGCCCAGCUGGUGUUGUCCUUCAUACUGAAGUCCGUCCCACUGGAAGAGUUAUCUGCCCUUCCUAGUAUGAAGUCUGUGGUAGAAGGCCUAAUUCCUUACACAGAGCGUCAUUUUGAGCGGAUAAAGAGGGUGACACAGCAGUCCACAUUUGUGGAGUAUACUUGGCAGAACAUGAGAGUAGUGGCUGGCAGUAGCAGCCAGGAAGCAGAGGUGAGAUCAGGGAUGGCAGGGACAGGGGCAGUGUACAUCCCUAACAUCUCCCAGUCUAAGACCAGCAGCACUUUCACCCAGGCUGAGAAGAAACCAGAGCGCCCUGUGGACCUGGCCAGACUUAUCAGAGAUAGGGUGGAGGAGCUGGGCAAUAAGUACCCAAAGCCAAACCAGAACGGUGAAAUGAUCCAAGACAGUGUGGAUGAAAGCAGUGGAAUGACAGGAACUGAUAGUGCCAGUGAUGAAGUUGACAAAGAGCAAGAUAAGAGAACCAUGGAAACAGAAUCUGAAGAUAACUCUUCUGAUCAUACACAGAUAUCAUCUCCAAAGAAAGUUCAAGAAAAAAAACCAACAAAGAGAUUCAUUCAAAAAAGGAAGACAGAAAUAUCUGGUCAGAAAAUGCUACAACUUGGAAGCGUGCCAAAAUCAAAAUUAAGACGUCUCACAAAAGGACGACAUUUAAACUUGCUAGAAAGCCGACAGAAAUUCAAAUUACGAAAGAAAAAUGGAUAAUAAUUGCAGUCUUUCAGAUGUUGAUCUAAGUAACAAAUCAGUAAAAGAUAUAUUUACAUA